AUGAAUCAAGCAGCAGCUCUAAAGAAAAAAGUUUCGAAUCCAAACAAAGUUCAGAGUCCAAUGAAGAAUAUAGGUUUUGAUUUUCAAUAUCGAUCAAGUGCCGAAUUGGCCAAAAAAUUUCGGAUUAAGAGAGAAAAGCUUGCAAAUGAUCACAAAGAUAAAGCUAUGAAAGAGCAGGCACCACUUGGAGUUAAAAGAAAGAGUCAUAUGCCUGCAACAUCAGAAGGACAAAGAAGACAAAUGUUAAAAAAAUACCCGAUGAAUGAGCAUGAAAUAGAAUUAGAAAAUUUUGUUGCACAAGCAGAAGUUGGUGACGAUGAGUUUGUUAGAGAUGAGGACGUGAACAUUGAUUGUGCUGCAUAUGAAAGAGAUGAGGUAACAUUUGAUAAAGGACAGACAGUGGGACCAACUGACAAGAGAGUGUCUGAUUUGACCAACUUUAUAGGAACAAUUGCAAGGAAUCCUAGAUUUAUCACCUUAAUGCAUACUAGUUGGCAUGCUGUGUCAAAGGAUAUUAAGCAACGAAUGUGGGAAUAUGUCAACUCCAAGUUCUUAAUUCCAGCAGAAGGAGAGAAGUGGAUAAUGGCUGGUCUCCGUGAUGCCCGUAGGCGGCACAAGAGAAAUAUUAAGAAGAAACAUUUCAAUAAGAAUGCUAUUGUUGAAGAUAUGCUACAAAAUCGUCAGAAUGAGAUACCAGAAAUUCAAUUCCGCCAAUUGCUUGAGUACUGGAAAGAUUCAAAUAUCCAAGCCAUGUGCCAACUAAAUUCUGAAAAUAGAAAAAAACAAAAGUGGAGGCAUCGAAUGGGACCUAUUAAUUUUGCAAGAAUACGCGUAGCAUUGCGCGCAAGCAAAGAGAACAAUGAGGAACCAUCAAAGUCCGAAAUAUUUAUUGCAACUAGUACAAAGAAAGGAAAAGAAGUUCAAACAGAUACUCAAAUUGCAAUAAUAAGCAAUGCGAAUCGUCAAAGUUAUGGAGAAACAACAGAUGAUGCAUUUAGGGCUGUUGCAGACAU